GGCAGUCCCGACCCAUCCGGGUCCGAAAGAAGAAUACACAGUGCAUAAAUCAAAAACCCUAGAAUUGUUAAUUUAGAUUUAUCGGUGAGAUAUAAAGACGGUGGUCGGAGUCGAUUUCAUCGUGUACGCUGGAGAAAUGUCUAGUCCCUGAUCACCUCUGGCUUUUUUACUGCCGAAAGUCACAGGGCACGUUCCCUGACGAAAUUGAUGAGUCAAGAUCAACAAGUUCAAGUUGGGAAUAUAAGAAAACCAGAGAGUGGAAUUCUACUAUCAUGAAUAAUAUAUAUAUAUAUAUAUAUAUACACAUAUACACAUAUAUCUAUAUUAAUUUUCAACAACUUGCAUAACUUCCUCGAAAGUCAUAUAAAAUCACUUUUAACUCAAUCUCAAAGGGAGUAGUUUUGUUUUACGUAAACUGGAACCGCUGCAGCUUCUUUUACGUAAUUUUGUUUUUCCUCAGAGACAUAGAAUGGAGCCGUGUUUAAGUUGGUAGGUUUUUUUAAUUAUAUUAUAUUAUAUUACAUAUAAAUCGUGGUCAUUGUUGUUCAUUACAUCUCUUAUCAGUGUCAAUAUCAAUAUAAAAUUUGAAUUGGGAAAGAAUUUCGUAUAGAGAGCAACCUCCAUGAUGUUGCGAUUCGGUUUUAUAUAUCAUAAAAGGAAACCGCUGUAGCUUUUUUAAAAAGUCCAAGUUGCUCUUUGAUCAAAUUAAAAAUUGCAAGCUGUAAGAUGCUUUUGUACAUGUAAGUGGCCUUCUUUUAUUAUUUAUGCAGGCUGGCAGUUUGCAACGACACAUCAACCCCGCAAACUAGGAGUCAACACUUUCUCUCACCCACUAGAAAGAUGGACGCCAUCGCCCUGAAAGUUCUUCAGGGAUUGACCUCUUUGGCUCUUGAAGAGUUCAAAUUACUGUGGAAUGUUAAACAUGAUGUAGAAAGGAUGAAGAACACGAUCCUUGCAAUCAGAGCUACACUGUUGGAUGCAGAGGCGAAGGUCAACAACCAUCAACUGAGCUUUUGGCUGGAGAGACUCAAGGAUGUACUCGAUGAUGCAGAUGACCUGCUUGAUGAUUUAUCCACUGAAGCUAUGAGGAGGGGAAUCAUCACUCAAAACAAGGUGGCAAAGAAGGUACGGAUAUUCUCCAAAUCAAACUAAGUUGUUUAUAAUCUAAAGAUGGCUCAUAAAAUGAGGGAAAUCAGGGGAUGGUUAGAUGAAAUUGAUGAUGAGAGGAAAAAAUUCCAAUUGACUGAUCAUCCUCUUAAGCCCCUAUCUAUACAUGAAGAACGGAAACAAACAUGGUCGUUUGUGCAAGAGGAAGAAAUUGUUGGGAGAGAGGAGGAAAAAAAUCUCGUUUUACAUUAUUUGUUAGACAGCAAUAUGGAAUGUAGUGUUUCAAUUAUUCCCAUCGUUGGAUUUGGUGGGUUAGGCAAGACUGCACUUGCUCAACUUACGUACAACCACGAGGACGUUCAAACUUAUUUUGAGCUUAAAAGGUGGGUGUGUGUGUCUGAUGAAUUCGACGAGAGACAAAUCGCUCAAAAGAUUUUAAGACAAGAUAAAAUAGGAGAGAUGGAGCAAGUGCAACAAGACUUUAGGCAAUUAAUUGACGGGAAGAGAUUUUUGAUGGUGUUAGAUGAUAUGUGGAAUGAAAAUGUUGAGCUUUGGCAUAAGCUGAAAAGCUUACUUGUCAAGGGCGCAGAGGGGAGCAAGAUAAUUGUUACCACACGUAGUGAGAAGGUGGGAAAGAUGAUAGGAACCUAUCCUCCUAUUAUCCUUAAAGGUCUGGAUUGUGCAAGAUCAUGGGAAUUGUUUUGUAGAAUGGCUUUUGAAGGGGGCAAAGAAUCAAAUGAUAAGGAUUUGUUGGCAGUUGGAAGGGAGAUUGUCCAAAAAUGUGCAGGAGUUCCUCUUGCUAUUAGAAUUGUUGGAAGGCUUGUGUAUGAUAAGACCUUAGAAGGAAUAGAUUUGUCAUACUUGUGGAAUUGUGAGCUUUGGAACAUAGAUCAAUUGGAGGAGAGAAUAUUUGCAGUGCUUAAACUCUCUUAUGAUCAUCUUCCUUCUCCCAUGAAGAAUUGUGUUGCUUUUUGUUCAUUGUUUCCAAAAGAUUUUUCAUUGAGGAAGCAAACACUAAUUCAAAUGUGGGUGGCCAAAGGAUUCAUUCAGUCAUCUGAUGAGAUGAGGUGUGAGGAAGAUGUUGGGCAUGAAUACUUUAUGAAUCUACUUUCUAGGUCCUUCUUCCAAGAUGUGGAAAGAAAUAAUCAUGGCGAUAUAGUGACAUGCAAAAUGCAUGACCUUAUACAUGAUUUAGCACAAUUUGUAGCAAAGCACGAGUAUCUUGUCAUUAGAGAAGGAAAAGAAGAGAGUCAUAAGGACACAACACGUCAUUUGUCUUAUGAUGUGCCAAGGGGAAAUUGGGAAGUUUCAACUUCAUUCCUUAAGUUUGAAAAAUUAAGAACAAUGCUCUUGGCCAAUACUUGUUUCUUUUAUUCGAUGGAUCACUCUACUUUUGACUUGGUUGCAUCAAAAUUGAAGUUCUUACGUGUUCUGGACUUACAUGGCUCAAAUAUUACCAAAAUUCCCAGAAGCAUAGGAAACUUGAAGCAUUUAAGAUUUCUCGAUCUUUCAUUUAAUCAAAUAGGGAAAAUUCCAAAGGCUAUCACCAGACUCCACAACUUGCCUAGAGACAUCAGUAAACUGGUAAGCUUGAGGUAUCUUCGGCUUAGUGAUCAUUGCUGCUUGGAAUGGAUGCCACGUGGGAUAGGGCAAUUAACUUCUCUCCUAACAUUGACACGUUUUGCAGUAGAUGAUCAGAAGAUGCGUGGAAAAAGGCGUAGUGCAAGGAUAAGUGAACUGGGUGGUCUAAACAACUUGAGAGGAAGUUUAGAAAUCAGAGGCUUGCAAAACCUAAGACCAAACCCUAAAGAGGCGGAGUCUGUAAAAUUGAAAGAGAAGCAACAUCUUCAACAGUUAUCAUUGGUUUGGCUCUCUGAUAAAUCCCCUAAAGUUGCUUUUGAAGAUUAAUUGACUUUAGAAAGGCUACAUCCACAUCAUACCAUAAAACGUCUAGCUAUACAAGGAUUUUGUGGAGAGAAGUUACCAGGUUGGAUUGGAAAUCUCUUGUCACUGCAACACAUUGAACUCUAUGACUGCAAGUCUUUGACAUCAUUUCCUGAAGGCCUUCGUAAUCUCAUAUCAUUACAAACAUUGGACAUAAUCGAAUGCCCAUUGCUAGAUGAAACAUGUCAAGAUAAAAGUGGGGCUGAGUGGCAAAAAAUUGCUCAUAUCCCAUCGAUUUUAUUUACUAGUGAUAUUAACCUUGUUUUUAACUCCUGCAUGUCGAUAGAAUAAUUUUGGUGCUUGGAGGGUUAGAUUUGAUAAUGUUGUGGAGAAUCUCUUUCAUGAGUUAA